AUGACAGACACAUCAGAUAAAUCCCUAGAUCCACGAACAACAGCUAUUUUAACUGAACAUUUUGGAUUUGCCCCAUUGGUGUUAAUCGAUGAGAUCAUUAAUGCUGUUAAUGAAAUAAUGUAUAAAGGAACUGAAGCAAUUGAAUCCUUUUUAAAAGAACAAAAGAAUAUUAAAACUUCUGGUAUUUUCACUGAAAUAUCAUUAGAUGAGAUAGAAACUGGUGUUGGGAAAUUAGAAACAUUAUUGGAAUUUACAGUUGAUUCAUAUUUUGAUAAAUUUGAAUUAUACUGUUUUCGAAAUGUUUUAAAUAUACCUAAGGAUUUAAUUCCUCAUGUUGUGCUAAAUCAUCAACGUGGAAUAGAAUUUAAUAAUGAAAAAAUUAAAGACAAAGAUGAAUUAGAUAAGAAGAUAGAUGAUUUACGAAAUAAAAUUGCCUUGGAGUUACAACUUCGGAAAAUAUUGAAAUUUGAAAUAACCAAGGUUUAA